ACCAACCCGGCCCAAAAGGGGACAGUGAACCUGCGGCUCUCAUGGAAUCGAAAAAGUUAGAAACAUGGACAAAAACUUCCUCUCGUCUCUUUUCCUUUUUCGUCUUACACCUUUCAAUCUUCUUAUCCAUCCAAACAGACUGGGAAGAAUAAAAAACUAAUAAUAUGAUUCCUUCGCUAUUUAAACUCAACCAAGAACAAUUUAUUUAAUUUUUUUUUUUUUUUUAGAGAAAAAAGAAAGAGGCGAAGGGGAAAGAUUGAAUGGGGGCGGGAGCAUCGAGAAACGCAGAGGGAGGGUCGCAUGGAGGGGAAGAAAGAGAGGAGAGCCUUGACCAAGCCGGCGGUCAACUUUACGUUUCCUUGAAAAUGGAGAAUUACAAGAAGAAAGGAGACAUUAUUCCUCAUGUUUAUGGCUCCGUUCCUCUCGUUGGCUCUUGGGAUUCCUCUAAAGCUCUUUCAAUGGAGCGCGAAUCUGCUUCAAUGUGGGAAUUGAGCUUCGUUGUUCCUCCGAAUCACGAAACUUUGGAUUUUAAGUUCCUCUUGAAGCCCAAAUAUGGCUACACGCCUUGUAUUGUUGAGGAGGGUCCUAACCGGCUCCUCACUGGGGGUACCUUACAAGGGGAUGCAAGGCUGGCACUAUUUAAGCUAGAUAAUGAGGAGGUUCUUGAGUAUCGGGUGUUCAUUAAGGCAGACAAGGUUUCGCCCUUUGAUCUUGCGGCUAGUUGGAGAGCUUAUCAAGACAACCUCCGGCCUUCAACCGUUCGUGGAAUUCCUGAUGUUAGCAUCAAUGCAGUGCCAGAGACAGGUCGUGAGAAUGGCUCCUCGGCUAGUUUGGAGCUUGACCUUGAGCAUUAUGUUGUGCCUGCUCCAUCUAUUUCCGCAAACUCAGGUCUGGUUUAUGCAGCCAACUUGGCAGAAAAUCCACGGUCACUAGUCAUCACUGGGGUUUCUGUUGAUCGACCUGCAACCAUUAAGGAGAUGGAGAUUGUCAUACCGGAUCCUUCUAAGAUAUAUUCAGGAUCUGGGAUGGUUGAAUCAAAAUCUGUAGGGACCUUUUCACCUUUGCAAAAGCAAGAUAGUCACAGGGGACUCUUUGUGGAUAGGGGUGUUGGAUCUCCCAGGCUGGUCAAAUCUGCAAGUGCAACUACUUUUAGUUUUGAUCUUAAAUUGGACUCUGAAACCAAGAAUUCGAUGCCAGCAGCCGCUGGAGCUGUUGCAGCUGCAGCUGUAGCUGAUCAGAUGCUUGGACCAAAGGAGGAUAGACAUCUAGCAAUUGUCCUGACUGCUGACUUUUUCCGAGCAGACAAUCCUGAAGGCAUGGAGGCACGUAAUGAGGUUGCAGCCCUGGCAAUGGAUGAUAUGACAGCUUGGAUGCAAGAAGGUGGCCAGGUUGGAAUAUUUGAUGCAACUAACAGUAGCAGGAGUAGACGGAAUAUGCUGAUGAAAAUGGCUGAAGGAAAAUGUAAGAUUAUUUUUCUAGAAACAAUAUGCAAUGAUGAACGGAUUAUUGAAAGAAACAUUCGCCUUAAAAUUCAGCAAAGCCCUGACUAUGCAGAAGAGCCAGAUUUUGAAGCGGGAUUACGGGACUUUAGAAAUAGAUUAGCUAAUUAUGAAAAGGUUUAUGAACCGGUUGAAGAAGGGUCUUACAUCAAAAUGAUUGAUAUGGUUAGUGGGCAUGGUGGACAAAUACAAGUUAACAACAUCAGUGGCUAUCUUCCUGGACGAAUCGUCUUUUUCUUGGUUAAUACGCAUCUAACACCUCGCCCAAUAUUACUUACGCGGCAUGGAGAGAGUCGUCAUAAUGUUAGAGGCAGAAUUGGUGGUGACAGUGUAUUGAGUGAUACUGGAGAAAUUUACGCAAAGAAACUGGCGAACUUUGUUGAGAAGCGACUGAAAUCUGAAAGGGCUGCUUCUAUAUGGACCAGCACCCUGCAGAGGACAAUUCUGACAGCAAGUCCAAUUCUUGGAUUUCCCAAGAUACAAUGGCGUGCACUUGAUGAGAUUAAUGCUGGAGUAUGUGAUGGAAUGACUUAUGAAGAAAUAAAGAAGAAUAUGCUAGAAGAGUACGAAUCUCGCAAGAAAGACAAGCUGAGAUAUCGGUAUCCUCGUGGAGAAUCUUACCUGGACGUUAUUCAAAGGCUUGAACCUGUAAUUAUUGAGCUUGAACGACAAAGAGCACCAGUUGUAGUGAUAUCUCACCAGGCAGUGUUGAGAGCAUUAUAUGCUUAUUUUGCUGAUAGGCCCCUCAAAGAAAUUCCUCACAUUGAGGUGCCGCUUCACACUAUCAUAGAAAUACAAAUGGGAGUAACAGGUGUUCAGGAGAAAAGAUAUAAGCUCAUGGAUUGAACACUGCUCCAAGAAAUUUGCUUUUCUUGAUAUUAGAUUGUCCAAAUAUUAAGAUGAAGUUUUCAUUCAUUUUAUUUCGAUUCUUUGUCAAAAUAAAAUAUGCAAGUUCAGCUCCUGGUAUUCUGUGUAACAUGGUCUUAACUUCAACUCAUAGUGGCCACAAUGGCUUGUUUCAUAAAAUGGUAGUGAAUUGAUUGGGUUCUAUGUCUACAAAUUAAUUUUUUAUAUGAAGAUUAUCCUAACAAUAAAAUAUGUUUGAUCGAUCCUAACAUUAAAAUAUGAUUGAUCGAUGCCCUGACUAAAACAGGGAAUACCUUCUGUUAAAGCCUCGCAGGAAUGGUACAUUGCCGCGGGAUUGGGUCAAGAAGUCACGAGCCUAGUCGCACAAGAGUUUGAUUACUUGCUCAAAGCAUGCUGCAAAAAAAGGUGGGAGUUGAGCAAGUCAUCGUUUCUAUCAGUGAACUGGAGGUUAUGUAGUCAAAAAGCAAGCUCUGUCAGGUUGGAUUCACAUGGGAGCCCUGAACCAAAUAGAAUUGACCCCUCUCCCUCAAUUGUGUUGGGUGACCCCACUUUGAUUGACCCUCCAAUCAUGUAGCAUAAAAGACACAUAAGAGGGGGAAUUGAAUAGGGGUGAUUCAAUUUUUUUAUCAAUUGAAUAGGAAUAGAGGACGUUGGGAUUCGAAUUUUCAUUAUAUAUAUAUUUUAAGUAUUUUUAAUCAUUAAAUCAAUAAGCUUAAUAAGAGAUGAUUAAAUUAAAGGACAAAAAGAUCUUAGGCAUUGGGAUCCCUAAAACAAUCACAUGCAUCCGAUAACCCAUUUCUCAGCUGCCGUAGCCUUCACGAGUCCUUCGUUUCAACCUUUUUCUCUUCCAUGCACAAGUCUCAUUGGCUCCUUGGAUUAUGGGAUUC